CAUAAACUACUUUCAUCAUGAUGGUCAUCGAAGCAGUUGAUUGAUGAAUGUUCGCUAGCAAGAAAUGAUGCUAUCCAAUUUGAGAUCAGUGAUUGUGAUUUAUUUAAAUAAUCGUCGUAGGAAGAACCAAGUAGAAAAUGAUCAAAAAGAUUCAGUGUUGCAGGAUAACAGAUAUAAAAUUGGUCAUUUUUGUGUCUUUCACUAGCGAAAAAUAGUGUGAGAUUAACCUUUUUCUUGGGGUGCUACUAAAAAAAUGCCAAUUAAAAGCCGAUCGUUAAACAUUCAUUCACAUAACUCAUAAAUUUUUUUCGCUAUUUAGCAAAAUUAUUAGUAGGACGACAGGAUUAUAAAAUAUUGUGAUAUAGCUUCCAAAGUGUGAGAAAAAUUAGUGAAUAAAAUGGCUCCGGUACCUUUGGAAGGUCAUCAAACCCCUGUGGCAAAUAAUAUGCCACAGGAAGGAAAUCGUGGUGGUUCUAUUUCCCUGGGGAUGCUCAUAGACUUCAUAAUACAAAGAACUUAUCACGAACUCACUGUCCUAGCUGAACUAUUGCCCAGGAAAACAGAUAUGGAAAGAAAAAUCGAAAUAUAUAAUUAUUCUGCAAGGACUCGACAACUUUUUGUUCGUUUACUGGCUCUUGUUAAGUGGGCAAACAGCGCUUCAAAAGUGGACAAAUCAGCCCAUAUCAUGGCUUUUUUGGAUAAGCAAUCGCUGUUGUUUGUUGAUACUGCGGAUAUGUUGGCACGAAUGGCGAGAGAAACUCUUGUGCAUGCCAGGCUCCCGAAUUUCCAUAUUCCAGCUGCGGUUGAAGUUCUCACAACAGGAACAUAUGGCCGUCUUCCAGCUUGUAUCAGAGAAAGAAUAGUUCCUCCAGAUCCUAUAACUCCGUCCGAGAAGCGGAGCACACUACAGAGAUUGAAUCAAGUGAUUCAACAUCGCUUAGUAACAGGAAAUUUACUUCCACAAAUGCGCAAUUUGAAAAUUGAAGCCGGACGCGUUACGUUUCUGGUAGAACAAGAAUUUUCAGUGUCUCUCACGGUUAUGGGUGAUGGGCCCAAUGUACCAUGGCGGUUGUUGGAACUGGAAAUUUUAGUAUCCGAUAGAGAAACUGGGGAUGGAAAAGCGCUCGUUCAUCCAUUGCAAACAAGAUACGUUCAUCAAGUCGUCCAGUCGAGACUCGCAGAGAGUUCUAAUUCUCUGUCUGAGGUUUAUUACAUUCUUCACUACUUUUGUCAAUCUCUGCAACUCGAAGUUUUAUACUCUCAAACAUUGCGCUUGAUUCGUGAUCGUCUCGACGAUCAUAUCCACGUGGACGAAUAUACACCCGGGAAAUGUUUGUCCAUAUCUUAUUGGAGAGAACUGACGAGUAAAGAUCCGCGAUCCGAGCUCGGAUAUCGUUUGACUGUUCAGGUCGAUCAAAACGAACCCGCACGACCUCUCGCUGUAGUUCAUAUCCCGUCUUUGGGCAGCAAGGAGGGUGAAAUCGCAGAUCGUGCAAUAAGAUCGGAUCAAUUGUCGAUGGAGUGUUUGCUCGUACACACGAUUUACAUUCGCACAAGGAGUCGUUUGUCGGAAUUGAAACAAGAGCUCCAAUCUAUGUUGAAAGAUGUCGAAUGUUCUCUUGCUGGAUCACCCGCUAUACUCUCGGUCCCGAUUUUACAACCAUGUUUACGAGCUGAGCUUCUUCUUGUCACGGUCGACACGCAUACGGGAAUGUUGCAAUGUCAUGUGCCCCAGUACGACGCUCCUCUCGUUCCAGAAUUAACAGUGGCUUUGAACGGCGAUCAUUCACGGCUUCCUACUCUCAUCUCAGAGCUCAGGUUCUGGAUAACGCAACGUCGUUGCGAGAAAACAUUGCAGCACUUGCCAGCGACACCGCACGAGAGAUUGCCCGUUCUCCAUCACCCUGACCAUCCGAUGUCGAAGAUUAGCAGGCAUCGGAUGUUCGUUCAACUUCACAGACAUCCCACAGUGAUACUGAUCGUAGCUUUCAAAGAGAAAGAAUCAUCACCGUGCGAGAUCGAGUGCUCGUUCUAUCUUGCCGUGGUUAAACAUAGUUCGAUCGAGGACGAUCCACAUGAUGAAACUAUUGAGACAGAAAUACCAAAGAUGUAUCUAAAAGUUCAAAGUCUCAUCGAGUUUGACACAUUCGUCAUAACCCACGGUCCUUUUACAAGUGUCGACAACGGGAGUAAUGAUCAAGAUGGGGGGUGCAUUACAGACGUGGUGGAGAAAGGAAGCAACAAACGUAGAAGUACCGGAGCAACGGGACGUACCGAUGCACCCGGAACACCGCAAAAUCGAAGGCCCAAACAUCCAGCAUAUUUUAUACCUGAACUUGCUCAUGUUGUUGCACUGUGCGAUGAACGAAUUCCAUUUGUGACUCUGGCUCAAGAGCUUACGAGACGCGACAUAGCUCACCAAGGUCUCCAGGUGGAGGCAAAUGCAACUGCGCUCGUUCUCAAGCUCGUUCAGUUACCAGCACCGUCACCCAACAUUGCUUCUGGAAGUGCCUGGCAAGCACUUCUCAAAAGACUGCUCAGCGUUUCGAUCAGAGUUCAGGGUAAAGGCAUGGCGAAAACGUGGAUGGCUGAAUUUGUAUUUUACAGCAGUCCCUUGAACAGCAGUCAUCCGAAAGAACAGGGUUUGCGAAGACCCGUUUAUUUUCAAUACGAGAUGGGGACCGCCGAUGCAGUUUCCAGAACCGUAGACUCGCUACUGAACGAUUGGGCACAAAUCGUUCAUCUGUAUUCGAUCGUUCAAGAUCUUGCAGAAUAUUUCAAAAUGGAAAAAUACAAUUUGCGAAAUAUGGUCAGCAUCAAGACUUACAGUUACAGCAAAUUGGUGCUCGCUUAUGGGCCAAAUCGGGGAGCUACUGUGACCGUUCAGUGGAGCACGAAUGACAAAGCCUUCAAACUUACAUUUGGAAAAAGUCCUACAACUACCGCAGUUAACGCUCACUCACUGAUGAAGGAACAACUCGAAGCUCAUCUCAAUCGUCACAGAAAUCUCGCCCAGCUCAUUCACAUUCUCAAUGAAACAUUCCAGCCACUCGUUUCUAUCAGUAAAUUACCAACAAUACUUCAGCUGGGUGUUCAUAAUUUUCGAGCACAAGUCCCGGUUCAAACAUUUACGAUCAUGCCGCAGUGUGUGACUCUAGUGAGAAUAGCGUACCAAGGAAUGUACUGUCUUGAAUUGAGAAUGCGCGGCGGUGGUCUCGUGAGUUUACGAGACGGAGCUUACAGUCGGUUCGAUCGGAGCACUGUUGUCGAUGAAUUUACGCCAACUCAGUGUCUUAAGGCCUUUUUAUCGAAAUACGUGGAUGAGAGCGCAGUAUUUCGCAGGAGAUCACAAUCGGAAGACGACAAUCCACCAUCACCCGUAACAAUGGACAGUGACGGCAGUGGUGUUGGUUUUAUGAGUCAUCAUCGCGGUGGGCCACAAUCGCCGGCGCAACAACGGGAUGGUUUAAGGUUUCAUCCACCAUUAACUCCACCAUCCGGCAGCAAUCCUCAUACACCUGCAAGUCCGCACACCGCGAACAUAUCACAGGCCAGUCAACAUCAAAGUUUCGGGAGUAGUCCAGCAACGUCUUUCAAUCUCGCUUCUCCUCCUUCUUUACCGCCGAAUACACCGAAUAUGUUACCUCACCCAUCACCGGGCUCAGGACUCGUCGCAAACAGUCCCUUGAAUCCGAUGCACGUGCCCAGCCCGGCUGGGUUAAUGCCAACAUCUUCACCAGGGCCUUGUAGCAAUGUCCAAGUAGGACAUUCGCCAGCUAGUUCUUUCAUGCAAACGGGUCACAUAGACGGAAGUCCGUUUCCUUCGUCGCAAAGUAUGGCUUCCCCGGCAGCCUCGAACUGGCCAGGUUCACCGAGUGUUCCCCGGCCAUCGCCAGCAAGACCGGGUCAAAGUCCAGGUCACGCUGCCCUCCAUAGUCCUCAAGCUUCCGAUCAUCGAUCGGGAAGUCACAUUUCUCGAGUUUUGCCCCAAAGAUCGUGGGCGGGUGCGGUGCCAACGCUCCUGACACACGAAUCGCUAGAAUUAUUGUGUUGUCCAUCGCCACAUCCCUCGGGACUUUCGGGUCCAGAUUUAUCUCCGCUUGAACGAUUUUUAGGCUGUGUUUAUAUGAGAAGGCAAUUACAGCGUUUCAUCCAAACCGACGAUUGCCUUACGACUAUGAAUAGUACGGAGCCUGGGAUGGUUCAUUUCAAAGUCGAAACGCUCCAGUGUCGCGUUGGUUUAAACCCACAACAUUUGCAAUCGCUACACAUCAAAGUUCAACCACUUCCCGAACACAGUGACCAGUGGACUCUCGAGGAACUUCAGGUUAUAGAAAAGUUUUUCGAUACUCGAGCGGCGGCUCCGCCGUACAAACCGAAUACUCUAUCUGGCUUCGGAAGAAUGUUGAACGUUCCUUUCAACGUCCUCAAAGAUUUUGUACAAAUAAUGAAACUCGAACUGGUUCCCGGUCUCGUUCAACAGCAACAACUCAAGUGGUCAGUGCAAUGGUGUUUGAGGAUACCGCCGUCUGCGACGCCGAUCGUCCCGACGGGAAUGGCGGCUGUUCUUGUUUGUCGAAACAAGAUUUUAUUCUUCCUUCAAAUAACGCGAAUCGGAGUGCCAUAUCAAGGGGAGCCACCGUCGUUGGUGCUCCCGUUAGUUUACGACGUUAGUACGAAUUUGACGCAGUUGGCAGAAAAACGGGAUCCUGGGCCAGCUUCGGCGACGGCCGCUGCAUCACUACAGCUCAAAAGAUUUGCGGAAUACGGAGCUAAUCCAUCGGAGUGUUCGCUGUUUCCUGCUGUUCGAGAUCUAUUAGCUAAUCUUACGUUACCAUCGGAGCCUCCGGUGAUUUCACAGGUUGUAGCUUCUCCAGCUGGAGGUCAAGUGACUCCAACCCAGCAAAUACAAAGUCCGGCGAUGCAGAUGCACUCGCCGAUGGCGGGUGGUCAAGGACCUCCCCAAGGACCUUACGGUAUUCAAGGAAUGCCUUCGAUUGGAAUGAUGGGCGGUCCGCCUCAAUAGGAUUUCCCGAGCCUCCAAACAACACUCCGGUACUGGCGCAGUUGAAACGUCAUUCACUCACCGAUUUCUGGACAAUAAGCAAGUGAAACUAGACGUUUCCUUGAGUUAUUUAGUGUUGAUAUUAGCGAAAAGCUAGAGUCCUGUUGAAAGAGGUUCGGAAUCGAGCCAUGGAAUUCAAGUAUACAUAGUGACGUAUUCUGAUGGAUUUAGAAGAUAAAAAUAAAUGAUUAAACCGUAUUAUCGGAGAAGAUAAUCAAAUGACGUGAUAAAAAUUGUAGCGACCCCAUAGAAUCAAAAAUCAAAUCAGUGCUAAAUUUUUGUUAACCGCGCAGUAACAGAAUGAAAAAAAUCAUUCUAAUUCAUCGCGGAGUGCUGCAAUCUAGAAAAAUGAUACUUAGACUGGCUGGUAGAAUAAAAACAAAAAACGAUAUUGAAUAUAUUUUCAUAACAUAGGUCGUUAUUAUAAAUAAUAUGAAAAUAUCACUGAUUAUGAAUAUCAAGUAUUCCAAAUAUGAUUUACAAAGGAGGAUAUUCUAAAGUUGGCAAAAAAUAACUCUGAUUUAUCACGUUCAAGAAUAUAUAAAAUUUUUCUCAUAUUUAUUCAAUGUGUACAGUUUUUACAAAAGAACAUUCAAUAGCCUUAACAAAUCAAUGAUACUAUUGUUAUCAUAAGGUAAAUAUAUAUAUGUCAUAUAAUCGCUAAUUAUAUCGUGUUUAUAAGCGAUCUUAAUGCGAUCUUGAACUUGUAUUACUUUUAUUUUAAUUAUAUUUUUUUUUCCAUGUUUUCAAUAUUUUUUCGUGUGUAAAAUAUAUACAUUUUAGGUCGGGAUUUCAGUCUCUGUAUAAAGAUGUGAAUAUAUUUCAUAUAAUACGCGCA